AUGGCUUAUUUUCAACCCGAAGUGAAAAUGGAUGUUGACCAGAAUCCAACAAUGGUAUUGAAUGAACUUCGUAAACAAUGUCCUUCAGAAUUACAAGAAUAUUUAAAUACUUUUGAAGACUUGUAUGAUCGGAAGUUAUGGCACCAACUUACUUUAAAAAUCGAGGAAUUCUUUACAGAACCAACCUCUGGUCCUUACCAGAUUCAACUGUUUCAACAUUUUAUAUCUGAUUGGGAAAGCAAGAUGAAUAAACUUAAAUUAGUGAAGUUGGGACUUUGUGUCGCGAAACAAUUUAGUGAUUAUAACGAAGCCUUGGCCUUUCUGACGUCACUUGUUGAAAAAGUUGAUACGACUGAAACGCGUGAUGCAUAUGUUCUUGCCGUCACAGAAACAGCUUAUAUAAAGCUUAGAUUAUUUGAUCUUGAGGGUACGAAGACUGCUAUGGAUGAAUGUGAGAAGAUUCUUGAUACAUUUGAUUCCGUGGAAACUGUAAUUCACGCGAGUUUUUAUCGUGUUUGUGCGGAUUUUUAUAAGGCAAAGGCGGAAUAUGCACAAUAUUAUAAAAAUGCAUUGCUUUAUCUAGCAUGUAUUCAACUUGAAGAAUUGACUUUAGAAGAAAAGGCUGAGAGAGCCCACGAUCUGGCGAUUAGUGCAUUGUUGGGUGAUACCAUUUAUAAUUUCGGAGAAUUGUUAAUGCAUCCAAUCUUGGAUACGUUAACAAAUACUCCUUUUGAAUGGCUCAGGAGUUUAUUAUUUGCGUUUAACGCAGGGGAUAUUGGAAAAUUUGAAAUGUUGGCAGUGAAUUUCACUCAGCAGCCUAUAUUGCAAGACAAUAUGUCGUUUUUACGUCAGAAGAUUUGUUUAAUGUCAUUGAUUGAAGCUGUAUUCAAAAGAAGUUCAGAUAAUAGGACAAUUCCCUUCGCCAAUAUUUCGGAAGAAACCCAAUUGCCAAUUGAUGAAGUGGAAUAUCUUGUAAUGAAGGCACUUUCCCUUAAAUUGAUUCGUGGGUCAAUUGAUCAAGUUGGUGAAGUAGUAGUUGUAACGUGGGUUCAACCGCGUGUUUUAGAUAAAGAUCAAAUUGAUAAUAUGAGGCAGAGGUUACAAGAGUGGGAUGAAACCGUAAAAAAGACUGCCAAAUUUGUAGAGAGUGAAACUCCUGAAUUAUUUGUUCAGUAA